GUGUAUUUUAAUGCAUGAAAUGUUUAAUGAAGCGGAAUUUGGUCGCUAAAGCGGAAUGCUACUCUGCCUAAUUAGGGCAUUAGCGUUAUUUAUUAAAAUCGAUUCAGCAAUUUUUUUUUAGUUUAACUAUUACCAAAUAUUAGGCUUUAGGUUACGAUGAAAAAAUAAAUAUGAGAUGUUUAACUCAACAAAAAUUUGUCAACUGGUUAAAACUCAACAGGAACCAAUUACUGUCGUUCCCUUAAAUGCAUUCAAUUUCAGUCUAAUUUGCUAAUUUGCUAAACUCAACAGUUUAAAUUUUUAAGUUUUAUCGAAUUUUUAAAUUUGCUCUCAAAUUUAACUCGUCUGGCAACUCGACUGUUAUCCACGGAAAACUAAUUGCAUAUGUACAUUUAUAACCCACCCUGUAUAAGGAAACCUCACUAUCGGUUCGAAGAACCAUGGUACUUAAACCUUCCUUGCUGAGUUGGUUUUGCCGACACCAAAAUCGCAGUGUCUCCGCAUGGACUCCGCUAGCUACGGCAUUCAAUGCGCCUUCAGCCAGACGAAUCAACUUCACCCGCGUUGAUGUGGGCCUCUUUCGUAUGCCAGAGCUGCGGAGUUUUGAAGGUUUUUACCUUCUCCGUGAAAACGCGGAAACCCGGACGCAGGAGCUUGUCUCGGAAGCUAUCUCAUCGCAACGUCGACGUAAGAUGGUCGAUAUUUUUGACGACCUUUCCGACUCCCUAUGUAAGGUGGCAGACCUGGCCGAGUUCGUACGGAUCGCGCAUCCCCAAAGCAAGUAUACUCAGGCAGCGGAGCAAGCCUGCAUCAGCAUUUGCGGCGUGGUGGAGCGCCUAAACACUCACAAGCCUAUUUAUAAAGUCCUGAGCCAAGUAGUGGAGCAUGGGGAUAAAUUUCCCACCAGCGAAGUGGACAGGCAUGUUGCCAGUCUGUUCCUAUUCGACUUCGAACAAAGUGGAAUUCACUUGCCCGAGAAGGAGCGUCUGCGAGUUGUGCACCUGAAUGACUGCAUUCUUCAGAUGGGCCAGAAGUUCAUGAAUGGAGCCGUCCAACCCAGUGUUCUUCCGCUCAGCCACGUCCCUGUGUCAAUUCGUAACUACUUUCCUAACUCAGGUGGCAAUGUAAUUGUCACUGGACUUUGCACAAACGCGGAAAGCGUCCAGAUGCGGGAGGCUGCCUAUCGACUAUACCUGCUGCCAACCGAUAGCCAGGAAGAUCUGCUAAGAGACCUGCUACUUUGCCGGCAUGAGCUGGCCUGCAGCUGUGGGUUCGAUACCUAUGCCCAUCGGGCCCUUAAUGGCAGCACCAUGGAAGGUCCGGAGAUAGUCCGCGAGUUCAUCGACCAACUGUCAGAAAAGCUGCGACCUCGAGCUGAUGCCGACUUUGCCAGGAUGACACAGAUGAAAAGACGGGAGGGCGGGCAGGCGGACGCCGUGGCCGCAGUGUGGGACACGCCGUAUUUUACCUCUCAGCUUAGGCGGGAAUCGCUCAAAGCCCAGAUCGACGAGUUUCUGCCGUUUUUCUCUCUUGGCGGAUGCAUGGAAGGACUGGACAAUCUUCUGCAGGCGCUCUAUGGAGUUCGGCUAGAAAACACUGAGAUGGAGCCAGGUGAGUCCUGGCACAAUGACAUUUACAAGCUGGCUGCGGUGCACGAGACGGAAGGACUGUUGGGCUAUAUAUACUGCGACUUCUUUGAGCGAGCGGGUAAGCCCAGCCAAGACUGUCACUUUACCAUCCAAGGAGGCAAGCGUCUGCCAGACGGCACCUACCAGCUGCCUGUGGUGGUGGUCAUGCUUAGUCUAGCGAAGCCGCGUUGGAGUGGACCGAGUCUCUUAUCGCCAGCGCGAGUGGAUAACCUUUUCCACGAAAUGGGCCACGCUAUGCACUCAAUGCUAGCUCGCACCGAACACCAGCAUGUAACAGGAACGCGCUGUUCCACGGACUUCGCUGAAGUACCGAGUGUACUCAUGGAAUACUUCGCAAGCGAUCCACGCGUGCUACGAACAUUUGCCCGUCACUUCCAAACGCAUAAACCAAUUUCCGAGGACAUGCUGUUGCGGCUGUGUGCCUCUAAACACCUUUUCGCCGCCAGUGAGACACAGCUCCAAGUGUUUUACUCGGCUCUUGACCAGGAGUACCAUGGAAUAGGGGCCCGGCAGGGCGGCAGCACCACCGAGACACUUCGUUCAGUGCAGAACCGUUACUAUGGUCUUCCCUACGUGGAUAACACUGCGUGGCAACUGCGCUUCUCCCACCUGGUAGGUUACGGAGCUAAGUACUAUGCAUACCUCGUUUCGAAGACAAUUGCCUCCUGGAUUUGGCAGUCGUACUUUGAAGCAAACCCCUUUAACCGCCAAGCAGGCGAGAAGUACCGGUCCGAAAUUCUGGCGCACGGAGGAGCAGUUCCUGGCCGAAAGCUGGUGGCAAACUUCCUGCAGCGCGAAAUGACCCCCAGCGUGUUGGCAGACAGCUUAAUAACCGAGAUAGACUCAGACGAGUUAAAAAUUAAAGAACUUAUGGUCAGCAGAGGCUAAUACUCAUUAAACUCAUUCAAUUGUAUAUAAUUUUCAUAUAAAACUUAUUUAAAUUUAA